UCUCAUUAUUUAUGCAGUGAGUCGCUGAUGCUUUAGGAGGAAGAUGAUGCAGAGGUUCUGAGGUUCUGAAUGUCCGCUUAGAUGAUCCAAAUGAGACCAUGCCGCUGCCAAAAUCCCGGAAGAUCGCUGUACUGGGCUACAGGUCGGUGGGGAAGUCUUCUCUCACCAUCCAGUUUGUGGAGGGUCAGUUUGUGGACUCCUAUGAUCCCACCAUAGAGAACACUUUCACUAAGACCAUGACGGUGAACGGUCAGGAGUACAACCUUCAGCUGGUGGACACGGCCGGACAGGACGAGUACUCGAUCUUCCCUGAGAGUUACACCAUCGACGUCAACGGUUACGUCCUCAUCUACUCUGUAACGUCCUACAAAAGCUUCGAGGUGGUUCGAGUGAUCCACGAGAAGCUUCUGGACAUGGUGGGAAACGUCCAGAAACCAAUCAUCUUAGUGGGGAACAAGAAGGAUCUGCACAUGGAGAGGGUCAUCAGCUACGAGGAGGGGAAAGCUCUGUCUGAGUCCUGGAACGCUGCCUUCCUGGAGUCUUCAGCCAAAGAGAACCAGACUGCUGUGGAGGUGUUUAGGAGGAUGAUCCUGGAGGUGGAGAAGAUGGAGGGUGGUCAGCCUCAGGAGUGGUCUCCCUGCUCCAUGAUGUAGCUGUGCCUCCUGAUCCCAGGAUGCUAUGUUAAUUCCUCAGGUCCACAAGACUCUGUUCAGAAAUCUGUAGAUUUAAGGUAAAGCAUGGUCCUGAGCUUCUCUGUCCAAAAUAGAGCUAAAAGCACCAAUUUAUUAAAACUGCACAAAGGACAGGAGCACAGAAAACAUCUGCUGAAGCUUUCUGAUCUGAUCUGAGAGCUGGAGAUUCACAGAACCAGGCAGGAAAACAUUUGACUGUGUGAAGAAGUUCCUCCUCUCAGUUGUUAGUAGAGCAGACUGAACCCCUACAGGCAGUUAGUUCAACUCCAACGUUUCUUAGGAUUUAUUGGAGGCUGAAAGUUUCAACAGUUUUAUUCAGCAGAAGAAGCUUAAAUUCACUGGUUUUUAAAUGGAGUUCGGUUAUAGGAAGAUCUGUUGCUAACAGAAAGCUAGGAGGAAAAAUGAUAAAUAACUGACAUAUAAACAUAAAAACCCAUUAAAACCAGUUUCAAGGACUGUCUGCCACCACCUCCAGUCGGUCAUAAUAGAUGGCCGCUGACACUAAUCCUGGUUCUGGUUCUGCUUGAGGUUUCUUCCUGUUAAAGGGGAGUUUUCCUCUCCACUGUCGCCACCUGCUGCUCAGGAGGAGUGAAUGCUGCAAAGUUAACGGCUCCAUGUAAUCUGUCUCCUCAGACAGAAACGUUUUAAUAAACUGAUCCUGACUGCAGCUUUGAUAACUGGGAUCUAAUUGGACUGGAUGGUUUUGACUGGAUUCAAGUUUUUUAAAUGAAGUGAAUUAAAGAGAAACAAAGCUGAGCUUUCACUAUUUAAGUUGCUCUGAGGCAAUCUUUAGCCCACCUGCUGGUAGAUCGGGGGUAUUACAGGUCAGAGAGUAAUUUGGGACGGCAGAACCAGUAGAAAUUUGCGAUUCAGUACCUUCUGCUGCCGGUAGGACAAUAACUCACCUGAAAACAAGGAAGAAGAUAUGAAGUUGUUUUAGUUCUAGUUUGAUCGCCAUGUUUGAAUUAUUUCUUUAGGUUUUUGGGACCUAAAAUGAGAAGUGACCCAUAAACUAACUGUAGUGUGGUAAUGAACUGAUACUGAUUCCCUCCUGUUAGAAACAUUCUGGCCUCAGAGGAAGCAUGCAUGAAGCAAACCUGAUGUUCGGAGGAGUUCCAGUCCAUUAAUCUUCAGGCUCCUCUCUAAUUAAAUGAUAUCAGCUGUUUUUAUAAUGUGGAGAUUUAUUUGUUCCUAGGAAUAUUCUCACAUUAAAGUUCUGUUCCGUUGGAUAAAA